AUGACGGACUCGGACUCCAAGAAAGAUGAGCUUGCUCGAGUCGAAAUGGAAGAUUACCCUACCAAGGAGGACGCCGUGGACCAAGAGGCCUUCGAACUCCAGCAGGCGAUACGGAACUAUAUUCCCAACACGGAUGCGGAAAAGAAGUUGGUUCGGAAAAUCGAUCUGCAUCUUAUCCCCAUCCUGUGGAUCAUGUAUGUCCUGAACUAUGUUGACCGCACCAACAUCGGAAAUGCUAAGACCGCUGGAAUGGACGAUGACCUCAAGCUUGGAGGCGGCCGCUAUGCCUGGGUCAUCUCAAUCUUCUUCUUUGGAUACCUCAUCAUGGAGGUGCCGUCCAACAUGAUCCUCUCCCGCUCGCGCCCUUCCCUCUUCCUCCCAUUCAUCAUGCUUGUCUGGGGUGCUCUCAGCGCUGCCAUGGCCUCUGUUCAGAACUACGGCUCCAUCCUCGCCUUUCGUUUCGUGCUCGGCUGCGUCGAAUCCGGCUUCUUCCCCGGUGUCCUCUUCAUGCUGUCCUGCUGGUACAAGACGGAAGAAAUCGGCAAGCGUUUCGCCAUCUUCUACAGUGCUGCCGUCCUCUCCGGCGCCUUCGGUGGGAUUCUCGCUGGAGCCAUCACCGGCAAUCUCGAUGGCGUCCAUGGCAUCGAAGGCUGGCGAUGGCUCUUCAUCAUCGAGGGAGUGGCUACAGUCGGCGUAGCCCUCAUCACCCCGCUGAUUCUCCUCGACUUCCCUCACUCAUCCAAAGCCUUGAGCCUCGAGCAGCGACAGCUAGCCACCGUGCGGAUCAUUGUCGACAGCCAGGAGUCGUCCGGCGGCGACCGUCUCUCCCACUGGGAAGCAUUCAAAGCGGCCGCGAUCGACCCGCGCACCUACGCCUUCAUGUUCCUCUUCGUGCUCGAUCUCGGCGCAGGGACCAUCUCGUACUUCAUCCCGACCAUCACCAAAUCCCUCGGCUACUCCACCACCGACGCCCAGUACAUGACGGUCCCGGUCUACGCGACCGCGACGGUCGUCCUCAACAUCCUGGCGUGGAACGCCGACCGGGUGGGCGAGCGCCGAUGGCACAUCACCGCCUCGCUCAGCCUGGGCUUCGUCAGCGCGCUCGUGUGCGCCGUCGUCCAGACGCCCACGGCGCGCUACGUGAUGCUGUGCUUCGUCGCGGCCGGCAUCUGGUCCGCGCUCCCACUCAUCAUCGCCUGGGCGUCCAAGACGAUUGCGUUCCCGGCCGAGAAGCGCGCCAUCGCCAUCGCGAUGAUCAACGCCGUGGGGAACCUGGCCUCGGUGUACGGGAGCCACCUCUGGCCGAGCGACACCGCGCCCCGGUACACCCUCGGCUGGGGCGUGACGGCUGGGUUCCUGGGCGGGGGAGCGGUCGUCGCGGUGCUGCUGCCGAUCUUCAUCGCGUGGGUGCCCAUUCCACUGACAGAGGCCGAGAGAGCGCUGCGGGAGGAGGGGGAUAUGAUGGCUGCAGCUGCCGAGGUGGAGCAUAUCGAGAGGAGCAAAGUCUAG